UGGCUUUUAUUUUGAAAGUGCGGACCGGAUCUCCGCAGGUUGUUUAUAUGUCGUCUGUCUCCGGUUCUUUUCACCGACUGUCCUUCACACACCGAGUCCGACCAUGAGCGUUGUUUCGCGGGCUGCGUGCGUGCUCCUCCUCGGCCUCCUCUGGGCCUCCGUCUCCCCGUCCCCCUCCUCCUCCCCCUCCCGGGUCCGGAUCCCGCCUCACGACCAGGUGGCCCGGGUCGCCCGCUUCAUCGCCCACCAGUGCGACUGGGCGUCCAUGGCCACCAUCUCCACACACAAGCCGGUGGUGGGGCAGCCGUUCUCCAACGCCUUCUCGGUCAGCGACGGGCCUCCGGGGUCCAGUUCCGGGGUGCCCUACAUGUACCUGACCCGCAUGGAGAUCUCGGUGCAGGACCUGGAGGUGAACCCCGCGGCGUCUCUGUCCAUGUCCCUGGCUCAGACUGAUUACUGCCGACAGCAGGGCUACGACCCUCAGAGUCCUCUCUGCGCCCACCUCAUCCUGUCUGGAUCUGUUGCUGAGGUGAAUGGGACGGAGGCAGAGUUUGCUAAGAAAGCUCUGUUCAGUCGACACCCGGAGAUGAUCGAUUGGCCGUCGGAUCACAACUGGUUCUUCGCCAAGUUCAACAUCACACAGGUGUGGGUGUUGGAUUAUUUUGGCGGGGUGAAGACCGUCACUCCAGAGGAAUACUUCCAGGCCUCACCGUACAGGAAACACCACUGAAGGAAGUUGAUGGUGAACAAGCCGAGGAUCAAACCUGUGACUUGGGAGAUCUGCUGCAGGUUGUUGGUUUGAAUCCCACUCUCAUUCUACAGGAUAAAAUGAAAUCUAGAAAAACUUGCUCAGGAGCUGUUUGUUGUUUUGAUGAAACACAGAGGAUGAAGAUAUGAAGAUGUCUGUUUAUGUCUAAUCUCUGGGUUUUUACACUAAUAAUCCAGAUCACAGUAUUGAACUUCAUCAACAGGGUGGUGAUUCUGAUCGAUAAGUUAAUCGGUUUUUAGUUCGUUUCCUUCAUAAUUCUACAAGAAAAUAUUUUCUUACAGAGAAAUUAAAACUUCAAUAAGCCUCAGGUUAGAAAAUAUAAAUGUGUGAUUAUGUUUGUGUGAGUUCAGUUCUGUCAUAAAUAACAUGACAGUUGCAGUGUUGGGGUUUGACCACUGGAGGGAAUCAUUGAGCUGGUAGUCAAAAAGAAGGAGGGACUCAAAAUGUAACUAUAUUUUUAUAAUUUUCUGAUUGAAUUUUGUUUAGAAUGAGUCUGCAGACAGACUUGAUAACUACAUCUCAACACACCAAACUCCAUUCACUAAAACAAAGAUUUAAGCUGUGUGAUUUGCACUUUCUGUUCCUGCACUUUAUGACUUUACCACAGAAAAACAGAAUCAGAAUGAAUCUUUUAGAGUAGAAAAGGAGUUAAAUUACAGCAGUGUGUUACACAUGUCAUUAUUAAAACUUUAAACAAUAAUAAGCAAUAAAAUGAACCCAACACAAAUGAAAAUAUAUUUAUUUUAUUAGUGGGAGUUAAACAUCGAAUGUAUUCAUUUAGGAUUAGUCUUGACUAUACCUUUAAUAACUACACUUCCCCUGAUUCAUUGGCAGGCUGUUUAAGUGUCAUGGGAGUUGUUGUUGUUGAAGGCUGAUGAAAUAAUCCUUGAUGUGAGGAUGAAAGUUCAUUCGUUAAUCCUUGUAGACGUGUAUUUGACGAAAAAACUUAACUCAAGGUCCACUUAUGAGGUUUUUCUGUGGCUUUCAACCACCAGAUGGAGAUGGUGGUUUAUCUCCAAAUGUGGGUGGGGCUUAACUCCAACGAGGGGUGGGGCUUAUCUGAUAGUUGUAUGGUGGGCGGGGCUUUGACUUCCAGAGUGUUAUUAGUUUGAUUCCCUUUCAGUAACUCUGAUCUCUCCUUCUGAAGCCUUAAACAUCAUUUUAUAUUCUUUGUUUUUCUGCUCCUUCAUGCUGAAGGGAAAUAUUUGCCUUCAUAGCAUCUUUAAGACUUUGCUGUGAAAUUUUAUUAAUGACUGAUUUGUAUAAAUAAAGUUUUGUCUUUAAAAAAACAA